AUGGGUUUCCACAAAUCGUCUAUGAAUGUUGAGCUCAAGGGGGGCCAUAUACUCACUGCAUACUGCGCCCGCCCGACUGGGGACGCCUGCUACUCGGAAUUGGAUCUGAACGGGUUUCUGGGUAUCAGAAAAGGUAAACUCACAUGGGGCAUCAAAGACUUCUCGGAAUCCGCGAACGACAUCCAUCUCGAGUGGGAGGGAGACACCAAGCCCAAGAACCCGAUUCUCCAUGCCGAGUUGAUGGACGGCGAGGAAAAUCACGACUCUUGCGUGAAUCUGGCGGACUGCAUCAAGAACGAGGAUGGACGUCUGCGGUUCAUGGAAUGUUUCUAA